AUGAGAUCAAGUAGUGGAUUCAAUAGAACUUCAUAUUCUCCUCCUAGAGUUUAUGCGCCUACAUAAAUACCAGUUCAAUAGUAAUAUGUUUCUAGAUUACCUCCCUAGACUAGUUCAUAUACCCGCUCAUAAGUAAGUUAUCCUGGUAUUAUUGGAGGAACUUAAUAUUUACAUCCAUAAGCUGGGUUGUCAAGUAUACCUUCAUCUAGACCUCUUGGAUCUUCAGUUUUGACAGUUCCUACACCUAUUUCCUAUAAUAAUUUUAUAGAUUAGCGUCCUGUUUCAAUCUAAACUGGAUCUUAUUCACCUCCAAGAGUUAUAUAAGCACCGACUAUAGCUACUUCGACAGUUGCCAAUUAAUUACCCGCUUAACUUUAAACUUCUUAUAAAUAAGUAAACCCAUUAGAUGGUUCUUACUAUAAUACUAAUGUAUUUGAAUAAUCUUAAAUUUAAAAAACAAUGAAUACUACACAGAUUGUUCGCAAAUUUAACAAUACAAGUACACAUGUAGCAGCAUAAAAUUCAGAUCAAAUUAAUGAAAUUCAAUUAGAUAGAAUCAAAGUUUAUAAAAAAGCUAAUGUUGAAAAAUUUUUUGGAAGAGAUGUUACAAUAGAUUGCAACUAUGAGCCCUAUAAGCUCUUUUCUACAAAGGAGCUUAGAGGCUUUUUAGUUAAUGGAUUUUAAGAAUUUGAAUAAAAUUUGAAAAAAUUAGAAUAGCGUUUUUCAGGAUUAGAAUCUAGCUUUUAUCAUUUACUGCAUAAAGGAGAUACACCUAAGGAUAUAUUUGAUAGAUUCUUAGUUACUUUAGAUAAAAGAGUAGAAAAAUUCUUUGAAUCUUUUGAUGAAUCUGUAAUUUAGGGAAGAGGAUUAGCUGCAGACUAUUUUGAUACAAGUGUUUUGAGAAAUGAUUACGAGUUUUGGAAUUUUAGAUCAGUUGUUAAGUAAGGUGUUAUUGAAAUUUCAAAUAAAUUGAAUGAUUUAUUUGUUUCCAGAGAAAACUCAACUUAUUAUGAUGCUUAAAUAAUACGUUGUAUUGAAACUAUUAUUAAAUUAUAUUCUUUCUUAAAAAGUGAUUUAAAUACUAUUCUCAACAAAUCAAUUCUUAAAUGUGGUAAAAUCCUUGAAGCAUGCACUUAUUUCUAUGAAAAUGGAGAAGGAGUAAAAACAAUAAAUUUUGCUGAUUAUAUUUAGUUAGACGUUGCAUCCCUCAUUUCUUAAUAUUCGGAUGAAUUUGAUAGGACUUAUCCUGUCCUUUUAAAUAAAAAGUAAAUUGUUACAGAGAAGUUCCAUGAUAUUCUCAAAGACAAGUCUACCUAAAACUAGUUUGACUUAAAACAACUAGUAAGAAGUGUAUUUUAAAGAGAAAGAAGAAAACUCUAUAGAACCAUUUACAAUUCUAUUGUCAAUAAUGGUAAGAAUGAGUUAGAAUUGAGUGAAGAAAUGCUUUCAUUAAAUAAAACUAUUACUGAUAAGAUGAAUAAAAUUAAAAGCAAAUAUUUAACUAUUAAAAAUGAUCCUCUUUUUAUGGAAGUAUUGACAGGCAGAAUGAAUAUUGAAUAUCUCAAAAACUCCCCUACUCUCUUUGAAGAAAACUCUUAGACUGUUUUACUUUUAGAAAAAUUCAUGGUCAACACAUAAUAGUUCUACGAAGAUAUCAAAGAUGCCCUUUCAGAUAUUAUUUACUAUAAAUAAAAAGAAUAAGAUAUUAAUAAAGAUAUCCUUUAAGGUAUUUUAAGUAAGGCUGUCUAUGAUCUCAAUUAAUAAGAAAAGAUCAUAUAAGAUAAAGGAGAUAUGAGUGAACUUAUCCUUUACUAAUUCUAAGUUUUGGAGAAAUCACUCUCUUCUGAUCAUAACAGAUAAAAUGUCGAUACAAAUCUCGAAAGCACGUUAAUGAAAUAAUUGAAAAAUAACUAAACUAAUUAUCAUUUACAUAAUGUUGCUGCUGACUUGGCUCGCUAGGAAAAAUAGAGAGAAGAAUAAAGAAAAGCCAUGAAAGAUAAUCAAUUUUAAAAAACAAAAGAAUUCUCAUCACAAAUAGCUAACUUAAUGACAAAACCGAUGAUAGACAAAGAGAGAAAUAUGUACCCUGUUAAGGAUAAUAACUAUGAUUAAUAUGAUGAUGAUGACAGAAAUUACGAUUAGUCUUCAUCUCUAAAAGGUUUAGCAGAUAAACUACUUUAAACCAUUAAGUAAAAAAGAGAAGAAGAACUUGAAAAAGAAAGAAAGCUAAAAGAAGAAUAGGAGGAAAUUCGUUACAUGAAAGAGCAAUAAUACAAAGAAGAGAGGGAGAGAAUGUAAUUAGAAAAACAAAGAAUGGUGGAAAGCACCUCUAAAAAAUUCCAAGAGAGAAGAGAAUAAGAGCAAGCAGAGUUUUAAUAAAGAAUUCAGAUGAGAUAAUUAGAUGAAAAGGAAAGAAGAGAAAGAGAGUUAGAUAGAUAAAGAGAAGAAGAUUAUAAAAAAUAAAGAUAAAAUGAAGAAAAAUAAAAGCAAAGAGAAGAAGAAGAAAGACAACGUAAAGCUAAAGAUGAAGAAUUAAAAUAAAGAAAGCUUUAAGAUGAAGAAAAUAGAAGAUAAAGAGAUGAAGAGCUUAAAAGACAAAAAGAUCUAGAAUUAAAAAAAUAAAGAGAAGAAGAUGAAAGAAAAUAGCAACUUGAGUAAGAAAGAAAAUUAUAGUAAUAGGCUGAACAAGAAAAAAGAAAGUAAGCUGAAUUAGAAAAAAGAAAAAAAGCUGAAGAGGAAGAAAAUAAAAGAAUUGAAGAGCAGAAAAAAAGGGAUUAGUAAAAAAAAAUCGAAUAAGAAGAAUUAAAAAAAAAAUAGGAAUAAGAAGAAUAAAAGAGAAAAGAGGAAUAGAGAAUUAAAGAUGAAUAAUUUAGAAUCUAAUAGGAAGAGCUUAAAAAAAAAAAGGAGUAAGAGGAAUAAAAGAGGAAGGAAGAAUAGAGAAUUAGAGAUGAGUAACUUAGAGUAUAGUAAGAAGAAUAAAAAAAGAGGUUAGAAGAAGAGUAAAGAAAAAAGAUUUAAUAACAGCAAGAAGAAGAAAUGAGAAAGAAAAAAAUUUAAGAGGAAUUAGAACUUAAAAAAAAAGAAGAGGAAGAAUAACGUAAAAAAUAACAAGAGUUAGAUCGUUUAAAAAAAGAAGAGGAAGAAAGAAUUAAAAAAAUAGAGGAAUAAAAAAAAAAAGAAUAAAUGGAGUAAGAUCGUCUAAAAAAAGAAGAGGAAGAAAGAAAGAAAAAGUUAGAAGAACAAAAACGUAAAGAAUAAAUGGAGCAAGAACGCUUAAAAAAAGAAGAAGAAGAUAGACUUAAAAAGGCUAAAUAUGAAGAAGAAGAAAAGGAGAGAAAGAGAAUUUUAGAAGAAAAAUAAAAGGAAGAAUAGAAUAAAAAGGAUUAAAAAGGUAGUGGUUUUAAUUAUGAUGAUAUAGGUGGUUCAGAGGAGUCUGGAAGCUAAUAUAAAGAUGAAUUCGAUAUUGAUGACUAUGAUGAGAUUUUAGGAAAAGAUAAUUCUAAAAAUAAAAAAGCAAACGAGACAUCAAAAAACACUAAAGGAUUUGACCAAGAUGAUUUAUAUGAAGAAAUAGCUGAAGACAGUGAUAAUUUUAAUGAUUUUACUGGUAAAUUAAAUAAACCUGCUACAGCGACAGCUGGUGCUAUAAAUGUAAAUAAUAACGUUAAAAAACCUGAACCAAUAUAGUCAAAAGUGAAAAAUGAUAAAUAUGAUGAUUUUGAAGAUUUAGAUGACAACUUUGAUGAUUUUGACGAUGAUGAUUUAGAAGAUAAAAAAAAAACAGAAUAACCUCCUGCUAAAACAAAUUUGCCUAGUCUUUCAAACAAUACUAAAAAGGCUGAAGAUUCCAAGAGAAGCAAUAUCUAAAAUAGCUAUGAAGAUGACUUUGAAGAAUUUGAUGAUUUUUCAGAUAAGAAAAAAAAAGAUGAUUAGAAACCUGCUUAAUAAGUCUAAGAAUAAAAGAAAUCAGAUAAAAAGUCAGAUAUUGAUUAUUUCGAAGACAUUGAAGAAGACAUAGAUGUUUUAAUGGGUGAUACUUCUAAUAAUAAGAAUGAUAAAUCAGGUAAUAAUAUAUCUAAAACCAACCCAACUACUACCGCUACAACAGCUAAGCAAACUACCUAACAACCUGCACAAGAUAAAAAUAAAAAGCAAAGUAACUUUGAUUAUGAUUUAGAUUUUGAUGAUGAAGAUGAUGAUUAACAAGGUGAUCUUGAAAAAGAUUUCAAGCAAGAUAUUGAAAAAUAACCUCAAAAAAAUAACCCUCCUCCUCAAAAAUCUAAAGAAAAUGAGUAUGACUAUGAUUUUGACGAUGAAGAUGAAGAACAUUAACAGGACCAAAAUCCUGGCUAAAUGACUCAAGAAUAAAUGGAAUAAAUAAUGUAAGCUGAAUAAGAAAGAGAGUUGUAAAACAUGGAACUUACAUAUGACUUGAUUUAGAAGACAAAUGAAUAUGUUAAAAAGACACGUUUUGGCAGAUCUCACAAGGCUAAUCUAUCAAAUUAUAAUAGCUACGAUUAUGUUAUUCGUCUUUAUGAAGAAUAUAUUUAAAAUUUAUAAGUUUUCCUCUUUGAUUAUCCUGAAAGUAUGAAGCUACUUGAUCUUUACGAAGCUUAUAUUAAUUAACAAAAUGAGUUCGAAUAGCUAGUUGAAGAAUAUGGUGAUGAAAUACAAAAAAUAUAUUACGAAAAUACUAAAAUGACUGGCUUUGCCCCAACUACUAAACUCUAUUUCCCUCUUGAAGCUAACUCGAUCGGAUUUUAACUUAUAGAAGUUAAUUUAAUGAACUAAACUGUAUCUUAUUUUUAUAUGGUUGAUGAAAAUGAGGAAUAGCUAAUUUAACAACUAAAUGAAUUCCAUAGAUUCUUCACUUUUACAUUAGGACUAGAUGAAUUUUAAGCCUCUCCUGUCAAAGUUGAAGAUAGUACUUUGAAGAUUUUAUAAAUAUAUGAGUAAGAGCAUUAUUUAUAAUAUAUGUGUAUGCUCUUCCCACUUGUAUAUGAAUUUAUGUCUGAUAUUGCUGAGAUAAAAAUAGAUCAGAACACAAUUGAUAGAAUAUUCUAUAUCCAACUCAGUUUAGAGCUUUUCUACACAGAAUUAGAAACAAAUGAAGAAUAAGUCACUGAAAAAUUCAAUUCACUUCUUGAUCAAUAUUGUAAUCAUAAAGAAUUUGCAGUAAACAUUUAAGAUUAUUAAGAAUUACAAAGUGAAACUUUAGAAUAAAUACUUAAUGAGAUGAAUCAGUUUAAAGAAUAAGUUCUUUAAUCUGAAGAGCAAAAGUAUGGUUUAGUAAUGUUCUCAAUAUCUACUGGAGAAAUUCCUUUCUGCUUCUAUUUUUAUGUUACUAAAUCAGCUGAUGAAAAAGUACCUCAUGAAAUUGGUUUAUUCUGCUUAACAAUGUCAGACUAAAUUAAUAACAUGAUGGUUGAAUAAUUUGAUUAAUUAUAAGAAGAAAACGUGGUAUUUAGACCACAUGUUGAUUCCUCUAGACAUAAUGGACUUUAUGACUACAGGGAAUUUACAAUUGCUACUUGGGCUCAUUUGAUUGAGAAGAAGAAUUUCUCACCAUUCAUAGCACUCAAUAUAAUAAACUUUUCAAUGAUUCCUUAUUACAUAACUUAUAAAGGGUUAGAUUGA